AUGCCUGAUCCAGUUAAAGCACCGAAGAAAGGUUCAAAGAAGGCCGUCUCCAAGGCGACCAAGACCGGCAAGAAGAAGAGAAAGACCAGGAAGGAGAGCUACGCCAUCUAUGUGUACAAGGUGUUGAAGCAGGUUCAUCCCGACACUGGUAUCUCCUCCAAGGCCAUGGGCAUCAUGAACUCCUUUGUUGGAGACAUCUUUGAGCGUAUUGCUGGUGAGUCUGCCCGCCUUGCUCACUACAACAAGCGCUCCACCAUCACCUCCAGGGAGAUCCAGACCGCCGUCCGCCUGCUGCUGCCCGGUGAGCUGGCCAAACACGCCGUGUCCGAGGGCACCAAGGCCGUCACCAAGUACACCAGCUCCAAGUAAACCUGCUGGUUACACCAACAACUCAAAGGUCCUUUUCAGGACCACACACACCUUCAACAGAGAGCUUUAUUCCUGUCAGCAUUUAGUUGUUUGUUAAAUAUUAUCAUGACUUAACAUCUGUCUGUUGAUCAUUAUAACUCUUAGUAUCUGCUCAGUACUACAACAGAAGUUAAAUUACACUACUUUUACUGACCUGUAUAAACCUAACUGUCUCCUGAACAUCACUACAUUAUUUUGUGUACUUUUUAGCUUGAUGGAUAUUUGCAUUUCAUUAUUAUGAAAUACCCACACUCAAUUAAUCAAUCACAAACCGCCAGUCUAAAUUGUAUCUGUAUAGUAGCUUUAAACCUGGAAAGCAACACUUGCAAUGAGAACAAGUCAGGUUGCUAUCCUCCAGUGUUUCCUGACUGAACUCUGUAUUAUUUAUUCUUCCUUUUUCGCUUGAUCUAUAUGUGUAGUGUGUAGUUAAAAAUUCAAGAUCAGACAAAAUAUUACAAUAAAUAACAUUACCCCUCACUCUACACUAUUAAUCAGGCAUAUAACAGUCUAAAUAAAAGACCAUUGAUUUAUGUAAUGAUUGAGGUAAAACAAUAACAGUGAAUCCACUCUUAUAAGAUGUCAAGUCAUUUUUAUUGGAACAAUUUGAUUUCUGGACUUUAACACACAAAUACAUAUACACAGUCAGUGCUUUAAAAUGAUUAUUAUAUUGACAUAUUUAUAUAGACAAUGUGCUCCUAUAGAAAACAGUGUCAGGUUUUAUAAAUAUCAUUAGAGCUUAUAAAAGGAUCCCUGUCUUUCAUACACAGAAAACCAUGCUUUCUCUGUCACUCAGGCAAAUGUUUAGUACUCAAAUCUGACUUAUGUGCCAUUAUUGGGCGAUAAACCACCAUGUGUUAUAUAAACCUGAUGCUGAAGCAUGUACAGUGUUCCUAGGCCCUGGUCAUUUAAUCAGACAAGCAGCUAUAAACUAGAUGAAGAUAGUCUGCCGUCAAAUCAGAAUACAGUACUAGAUAUUCAACAGGACAGCUCUGCCUUUAGUUUGUGGAUCAGAAUCAGGUUUAAUAACCAGGCUGUACAGGGUUCAGCCCUGUCUCUUCAUCAAUCCAUCCCUGCACUACUCCCAGUAAACCUCAACCUUGACAAUGGGACAGGCUGCACUUUAAUGUCCAAUACUAGUAUUUCAUGUAUACUUUGUGUGACAUUAAGAAUAUCACAUCUGGUAUAUUACCAAUCAGGACCGUUACCCUUGUAAAUAAUUUACUGUCAUGAUUAUUUCUAAUUUUAUAUUUCUACAAUUUGUAUCUUGUUUAAUUUUUUGCUGGUCUUCUAUUCUACUGUAAUAAUGCAAGUUUCCUCAUUGUGGGACUAAUAAAGGAAUA